AUGAAUAAGUUCAUUAUUAAUGACCUCAAUUCAAGCCUUUAAACAGCAGCUUACUCCUGCUCUAAUUUGUUGAAAAUAAAACCUCAAAUUUUUUGCUCCUUCAAAGUAAUUUUACAUUUGCGAUUUAAGAACAGGGGACAGACCAAGCAUAACCCACUUUAAAGCAUUUUUGUUAAAGCUGCAGGGUAAAAAACACCACCAAACCUUGACCACGGCCAUGGUAUUUCUAUAAAGCCACACAUUAGCAUCAGACUUCCUGCGGUACAGUCGAUUAUUAGCAUACGGGUCAAAGGCCCAGGCUGUUUCCAGGAGCUACAGUACUUGUCACCCUCGUAUAACCACUGGGAUGCUAAUGCCUCCCCUUAGCGGGGCAAACAGAAGCCGCUGUAAAAAGUCAGCCGUCACCUCUGACCCCUCUCCCCGACGUUGCCCCUCUUUCCCGCUAUUGAUCCUCCGGAUUCCUCUGACGUUGAGGGUAAGUGUGAGAAUUCUCUUAUAGAUAGAGGUAUUUCGGGAGUCACUGCCCGCGGGUUACCCAGAGCUUGUGUGUGAAAAGUCACCGUACAAAGAAGGGGACUGAAAUGGAUCGUUAAAGUCAGCCAUGCCCGGUGGUGGCUGGAGUGCGCGGUUCAAAGGUUGCCCUAUUUCUUCUGGACUGUUCGGCUCAGGAGCUUUUAACUCCCGGUUUCAUGCGGAGAGGCAGGUGUAGGGUCAACUGGAAAAAAAAAAAAAACACUGGCGAAUGCAGGAGGUCAGCUCUUGAGACACUUUUAAGGAGGCCAGACUUACGACAGAUGAAAUGGAAGUUCUCGUACUGCUGCUCACGUUCUUCACCGUUUUGCAUCCCAAGCCGACUUUGACACAGACGCACUUUGAGCCGGACGCAGACGUCCGGCCGAGGGAUGUUUCCAUAUCGGCGGCGACGAGAGGAAACGAUGAAAACACGGCUGCGGAAUCCACUGAGAUGAUGGAAACAGACGAGAAGGAGGAGGAGGAGGAGGAGGAGAGGAUCGUUCCAGAGACGGACCCCGCGUGGAACCCUGUCAAGAAUGAAAAGGCGGCGGAGGAAAGACGAGGGGAAGAAGGUCCGAAAUCACAGAUGGACGCAGAAAGGCAAACGAUCAUGGCAGAGAUUGAAAUCACGAAAGAUGUGUAUACGCAGGAAAUGCUGGACAUGGAUCAAGAGAAUUUGAAAGAAAGUGAGGUGUCUCCCACAGUUUCACAAGAAGAUACAGACAUAGAAGAUGGGAAAAAUAUAAAAAGUGCCAGUACUGGGAUACAAGGGGAAGGGAAGCGUGACGAUGCAGAUGUGAAGCUUGAGAAAAGUGCUCAAAUGAAGAAGAAGUUAAAGCCAGAAAUAGAGGAGGAGGAAAGCAAGCUAGUGGCAGGGCUUAAUCUUUACGAGACACAUGGGAAGAAGGUGGAGGGCAUAAAAAAUGCUAACCAUAAAGAUUCGGCGGAAAGAGAAAAGGAAGAUCAGAUAGUGGUUAACAAUCUCACACCUCCUUUAAGCACGUCCUCCGCUCACGAGAGGAAGGAAUUAGAGAUCCCUGCCACAAUUCAAAUUAUCACUCAGACUCAAAAUCCUCCUCUCCGUGAUCAUAACGUCCCUCCUCCGCUUCCUCUUACGCCCACACAUGUUCCUCCAGUCUCCUCUCACCCUCCCGGCCUUUACGCCGAAGUUUGGCUUUCUUCCCCUUCUGUAAAUCUCCCCACAUCAAUCAGCCACAUGUCAGACUCAACAGUGAGUCCUGGACAUCAUCAAAUGGUCAAAAACAUGUUGUUGAGACCUGCACGGGAGGAGCUCCAAACAGUAGAGGACGCAGGGGAAAUAAACACAGUCGAUCAACCAGAACAGGGGGAUUUCAUCGCCACGGUUCUGGCAGCAAUGCCAAAACCAGAAGAGGCAAAUAUUACACUGAUAGAUUUAAUAGCCAAAGACCCGAAUCCUGCGCCACGAUCUAAGCAAAACACGUCCACCGCACGUAACCCACACACGGCGCGACCCGCGGGCAAACCCGGGCCUGUAAAACGGACGGAAAAUGGCACCAAAGUUGCAGCGAGGCAGAAUAAAUCCUCUCCUCCCCAAACACGAGUGACCGAACCGCAGGUCGCGACUGCCAAGGCUCCUUCGGCGAGGCCAACGAAAACCAACAAGAGCGCCAAAAAUAGGACAAUGAAGAAGUCCGGGGAGAAGAAAAGAAAGAAGGACAAUAAAACCCAAAAGCCACCGGAGAAGACGAAAACCGCUCCGACCACGUACUUCCCCUACUUUAUGGACGACUACUGCCCACCUGAGUGCGCUUGCUACGGAAGAGUGGUCCAGUGCUCAGACAAAGAUGUGGAUAAUGUACCUUACGGUAUUCCCUACAACGCCCGCUACAUCCUCCUCAUGAACAACCACAUCGGCAGCAUCCAGCUGGACCUGCUCAAUGAAUAUGUCUCUUUGGAGUUCCUCGUGCUGAGCAACAAUCGGCUCACAGACGGCGCCGUAGAAGGAGCUUUUGAAGGAGUUCCAGCUCUGAAACGCCUCUACUUGGAUAGAAACCUCCUGGAGAGCGUGCCGGCUGACCUUCCAUUUACUCUCGAGGAGCUUCGUCUGGACAACAACCGCUUGAAGGUGAUGUCGGAGGCGGCCUGGGCCCAAUGUCCUGGCCUCUUGGUGCUGAGCCUCAGCAACAACAGCCUGGGGAAUGAAUCUGAAUCUCUCCCCAACGCGGUGCUCGCCCCCCUCCGCAACCUGCGCACUCUGAACCUGGACCACAACCAGCUGACCUCGGUCCCUCUCGGGCUACCACUGUCCAUCAGGGAGCUCUACCUCAAAGGGAACCUCAUCGAGCAGUUCCGUCAGGGAGUCUUCAGCGGGACAUCAGGGCUGGUGGUGUUGGAUCUGAGCGCAAACAAACUGACAAACGGCGGCCUUCUUCGAGACUCCCUCCUCAAUACAACUCACCUGGAGAGCCUCAACCUAGAGGGAAACAGACUGAAACAAAUACCGCGACACCUUCCUCCGUCACUUAAGACCCUAAAUCUGGAGGGCAACCUCAUAUCUUCCGUAAAGAAAGCAGCUUUCAGCACCUUGAAAAACUUGGAGCACCUCGGCUUGGCGAGGAAUAAAAUUUUCAAAGUGGCGACGGGUGCGUUCAGGACGUUGCCCGUCCUCCACCAGUUGGACCUGUGCCACAACACCUUGCUGCACGUCCCCAGACAGCUGCCUCCGGGCUUGCACUCGGUAUCUCUAACCUACAACAAGAUUCAGUCGGUGCCCCGUGACGCUUUCUGCUGGGGUGAUAAAACUCUGAGUCUCAGCAGGCUUGUGAGAGUCCAACUGGAGCACAAUUUAAUUGAUAUGGGGAAGCUGGAUACGCGAGCUUUCAGAUGCUUACGGGGAUUCCAGGUGGUGCACUUCUAUUAAACAAAUAAAGGAAAAAAUUAAAACAGCUGUGCUGCUUGGACUCUUUGUUCCCUUGAAUAAAUAUUUGUAUUUUUUAUGUCACUGACACCUCCGCUUUGAGUGUUUUCUCCAAGUCCUGUGGUGAAUGCCACUGCUAUUGCCAGAAACAGUAUUUAUUGCGUGUGAAAUUCAGUUUAUUGCGUGGGACCCACUGAUGUUUCACUCUCUGACUAUUUUUAUGACCGGUUUCCCAACAUCCAUUCAGACACACAGAACAAUAGUAUAUACGGAGGAAGGUACGGCUGAUUACCAAACUUCAGUCUAAUAUAGACGUUUUUUUUUUCUUUUUUUACGACCAUCUCCCAAAACAAUUUCAAUUUCGGAGAAAUCCCAGGCAACAUUUGGUUUUCAUUUACCCCACCAAAGAAAAUACAACUCAUAUUUGCUGUUGAUUUAUGUCGGUGCUGCGUCACAGCCUCCUCGGCCGUCAAAAACUAUUUAUGUUUCAUUGUACAGACAGAGUAUUUAUUAUGAGUCAACAUGUACAAUCCGACGAGGUUUACACAAGAGCUAAGUCCCCGAGGUCAUUUUAUAAAGAGCAGAGAACAGGUGAUUCCAAUCAGUCGGUGAUCAGCAUCGACGCAGAAACAGAUUUUAUACAUCUCCUCUUUCCUUGUACGUCCUCAAUUUAGAAACUGCUAAAAACAAACUAAAAAAACGUAAAAUAAGAGAAUAAAAACAUUAAAUCAACAAUAGCAAUGUAUAUUAUUGGAUAAAUAAAGAAAUAUUCAGGAUUGGCCUUAAAAUGUUCUACAAUGUAAAUGCAUGAAUGAAAACAGAUGGGAACCAAAAGCCAAAUAAUAUAUCCAUGUCAUUAUGUCUGUUGCGUAAGUUUAUUUUACAUUAAAGAAGUUGCAUUGAAAGUAAAAGACAAGACGUAAUUUGGGUGUUAACCUGUGGUUAGAUUGUGUGGCUAAGAAGGAUUAUUUAUUCUUUACUGGUCGUGUUUAAUAUGAAAACGAGAAUCCAGAUGGAUUUUUUUUUCUCUUUUUAUGUGUUAUUUUUGUAUUUACUGGUUUCCAUAAUGAUUUUGUUUUGUUUUGCUUUUCUUGACGAUGAGGCAUUUCUGCAAGUCUGUCUCUUCUCGCUGAUUGGAAUUGGCUGACCUUUACUUUAUGAAACCAACAGCAAAAUAAAAACUACUGUAUGACAGUCCCUCAUUCUCUUCUCUGUGUGUCUGUGCCACCUGAAUAAAUAUAAACAUGCGUUUUCUUCUGUUGAACCCUUUACUGUAAUAAAAUACAU